AUCACAGUUGACUGUGGGUAACAAACCGUGGAAAGCAAAACUACGUUUAAGGGGGGACUGCUGUGUUCAGGGAUUGACAGCUAGGUUGUGGGGGUACAAAAGUGAAUAGGAUACAUUCUCCACCUAUAUAUACAGUCUACAGACCUUUGUCAUAUGUUACCUUGCUGGCUUGUUCUUAGAAAUCAUCAUCAGACUUGGAAUCAAACUGUUUGGCCCUAGUGAAUCAACCCAAGUUAAUACACCUGUGACACAGGUUUCUUUUUUAAAGGAGAAAAAAGAUGAGCAUGUAUAGGAUUGUUCAUCUCCUCAUUCCCACCCCAAUGCGGAGGAAAGUAGGUUUUCAACUUAUAAAAGACAAUGACUACUGAUGAAGGUGCCAAAAACAAUGGAGAAAACCCAGCAGCAGCUGUUGCUGAACAGGGAGAGGAUAUUACCUCUAAAAAAGACAGAGGCGUAUUAAAGAUUGUCAAAAGAGUGGGGAAUAGUGAGGAAACACCGAUGAUCGGAGAUAAAGUUUAUGUCCAUUACAAUGGAAAAUUGGCAAAUGGGAAGAAGUUUGAUUCCAGUCAUGAUAGAAAUGAACCAUUUGUCUUUAAUCUUGGCAAAGGCCAAGUUAUCAGGGCAUGGGACAUUGGAGUGGCUACCAUGAAGAAAGGAGAGGUGUGUCAUAUACUGUGCAAACCAGAAUAUGCAUAUGGCUCCACUGGCAGUGUCCCCAAAAUUCCCUCGAAUGCAACUCUCUUUUUUGAGAUUGAGCUCCUUGAUUUCAAAGGAGAGGAUUUAUUUGAAGAUGGAGGCAUUAUCCGAAGAAUCAAACGGAAAGGAGAAGGCUAUUCAAACCCAAACGAGGGAGCCACAGUAGAAAUCCACCUGGAAGGCCGCUGUGGCGAAAGGAUGUUUGAUUGCAGAGAUGUGGUUUUCAUUGUUGGCGAAGGAGAAGACCACGACAUUCCAAUCGGAAUUGACAAAGCCCUGGAGAAAAUGCAGCGGGAAGAACAAUGUGUUCUAUGUCUUGGACCACGAUACGGUUUUGGAGAGGCAGGGAAGCCUAAAUUUGGCAUUGAACCUAAUGCUGAGCUUAUAUAUGAAGUUACACUUAAGAGCUUCGAAAAGGCCAAAGAAUCCUGGGAGAUGGAUACCAAAGAAAAAUUGGAGCAGGCUGCCAUCGUCAAGGAGAAGGGAACUGUGUACUUCAAGGGAGGCAAGUACCUGCAGGCGGUCAUUCAGUACGGGAAGAUAGUGUCCUGGCUCGAGAUGGAAUAUGGCCUGUCCGAAAAGGAAUCGAAAGCUUCCGAGUCGUUCCUGCUCGCUGCCUUCCUGAACCUGGCCAUGUGCUACCUGAAGCUCCGAGAAUACACCAAAGCUGUGGAGUGCUGCGAUAAGGCCCUGGGACUAGACAGUGCCAAUGAGAAGGGCUUGUACCGGCGGGGUGAAGCCCAGCUGCUCAUGAACGAGUUCGAGUCAGCCAAGGGCGACUUCGAGAAGGUGCUGGCAGUCAACCCCCAGAACAAGGCCGCGCGGCUGCAGAUCUCCAUGUGCCAGAAAAAGGCGAAGGAGCACAACGAGCGGGACCGCAGGAUCUACGCCAACAUGUUCACCAAGUUUGCGGAGCAGGAUGCCAAGGAAGAGGCCAGUAAAGCGACGGGCAAGAAGACUUUAGGAGGGGUCACCAAUGAAAAAGAAACAGGAAGUCAAGCAGUGGAAGAAGAGAGAGCCAGGGGCCAUGUAUGACACCAGGCAAAGGAGGGAAGAGGCUCUGAACUCGGCCCUCCUCCACGGGCUUUCCCCAACUCAGGACUCAGCAGUGUUCAAUGUCAAGUUCAUCAUAGUCUCUGUGAUUCUGGAAGCAACAGGCAAAACCAGUAGCUUCCCCCAGACCACACCCCGCUGCUGCCCAGAGCUCUCACCAAGGGGUGGCAGGGACCACUCCAGGGGGGACAACAGACGGCUGCCGGCCUGGAGACAGCCAACGGUGGAAGUCCAGCUCAUUUCAGUUGAUGUCAACUUUCACUGCCCAGUUCAGGGUCCCUUGAGAUAAUCCUAACAAUUUGGGGCUAUUAGGUUUUACAUUUAAUUGAAUUUUAAUAGCAAUUCAGAAACCUGAAAAUAAAUGCUUAAUGAAUUUCUC